AUGGGAGACAGCGACGAUGAGUAUGACAGAAGACGAGCACGAGAUAAAUUCCGACGCGAAAGAAGUGAUUAUACUGAUCGCAGACGCGAUCGAGACGACAGGAGUUCCCGUCGAGAUGAUUGGUCUGACAGAAGACGGGAGCCAUCUUGGGAAAAUAGACGUCGCGGAGAUUAUCGAGAAUUUGAUCGAGGAAGAAGAGAUAGUGCUGGUGGGAGACAUCAUGAAAUGAGCCCACCCAUGAAAAGAGUUCGAAGAGAUUGGUAAUUAAAGGAUUAUUGUCCUUAAAUAAAAACUCUUCACCGUCUGGUCUUGAUCAGAACGUCGAAAACCAAAUAAGCAGUGAAAUAAUAAGUAUUAGAAUUGGUUGUAUAUUGUGGUGCGCAACUUGCCUAAAUUUUGCAGCAAUCUGGACAGAGAGACUCGAGAAAGCAAAAAUUCUAAAGGAAAAUUCUAGCAAAACCCAAUUGUCUAAGAUAAUGAGGCCAUGUGUUUGGUUUCUGGUGGGCUAGAGAUCAUACAAAACUUCUCUUCUCAGACCGUUUUUCAGUUUAAGCGUCAUUGUUGAUGCGGCAAGUCACUUAAUUACAAAAGGUUAGGGGUAGUAUUCCAUCCAGGGGUGGACACAAUGCAAGUUUUUUGACACUGUUAUUGUUGUGGAUAGCAAGAUUCCAUUCCAUGAAUUCCUGAAAUUAUCUCAUCAAGAAGGUUUCAUCUUUGGCCUCGGGUAAUGAGGAACAUAACACUUUGUACAAUGUGGCCAUUUUUAACUGUAAAAGAAGCAAAAUAGUAAUAUGUUGCAGUGUACUGUUCAUAUGACAGUCCAAUGACCAGAUUCUACAGGAAACAAAAAAACAACAACAGGAACUGAAAAGUGAGAAAUUGUGAGAUCAUUAACCCCUAAAAUAUGGUUUUCAACAAACUUCGGCCAAAAAUUGUAGUUACAUAUAAAUUUUUUAAUAUUUUUGUUGAAAGAACCCUAUCAAUGUCUGCGUGAAGUUUCAUGUGCUAGUGUGGGAGCUAAUUUUAAAGUGUAAAUGUUUGACAGAUCUGUUUUGGAGAACUUGUCAACUUAAGCAUUUUUACAUAUAAAGUUUCACUUGUUAAAAAAAAGCCAGCCAAUUUUCAACUUUCAGCCAAAAUGUUGUCAUCCAAAAUUAGCAGACGUAGUCUUUGUCUGAGUGGUUCAGCCAAGCUUGCUCUAUGAAUGAGUGAUCUAUUUUGGAGAAAGGAUAUUGGUUUUAUUAGAACUAGUUUUCAUUUAUUUUUUUCACUGAUUCAAAACAACAAAACAAAACAGUCAGUUUGCAGCAAAGGUCCCAUUUUUAAAAAGGUAAAAAUUUUAAAUCUGUAUAACUUGAUUUUUUUUAUCAACUAAACCUUAGUCUGCAAAGUUUUAGUGGGGAAUUGUGGGCAUAGUUCCUCUACUUAUUCUUAGCAGCAUGUAUCUCUAGUGUUGAAUUGUCUUUUAAAGAAAAAACCGAUGCCAAAAUUAUCUGUCACUUGUCCAAAUUUUGAGAAAACCAAGUCAUAUUUUUUUGAUAAUUAUUCUGCAACAAUCCUUUCAAACUCAGAGUGAUGAUAGAGUCUUGUAAUGUGAUUUCUUUUUAAUGAAAUGCUUUAGAGUGACCUUUCAAAAUGAAUCCUCUGAGGCAGUACUGUUACGUAGUGUUAUUACUUUUACUGCAUUUUACAAAAUGAAAUUUGGAAUUUUGCUGUAUUUUGAAUUUUAUCUCUUCUGGAAGAAAUGAAAAUGUUUUUGUUAUUAUCUACAGGGAUGCAGAGCCAAGUUAUCAUAAUGCUGGUGACUACAGUGUGCCGUAUGGUGGAGUACCUGCCCAUCAUAAUACAUGGCAACACCCUGAUGUCCAGCAAAUGCAAAAUGCGCAACAGGAUGCUAGACAACAACAGAGGUAUGACAUGGACAGCUUGUUUAGAUUCCAAGAUUGUUUUCAAAAAAAUAAAAUUAAAAGAAAGGCUAAUGUAUAUGUUGUAGUUAAUUUUUAUUUUUCCUUUGUUUCAAUUUCAUUAGCAUACAUUACCAUACCCAACAACAGAAGAAAAACUAAAAUUAACUGAGAUGAAAAAUUAACUGCAACUUAUAUUUGGACCAUGCCUAAAAUAUGAGUGGCUGUCCGAGUUUUCAAAUCAUGUAGUCAGCAUCUACCAAACAGAGAUGUCCUGUUAUGAAAAAAAUUAAACUCAAGUUUGUGGCCUAGAUGCAGUAUUUCGUGGUUGCUAUUUCCCUGAUUCCUGAGCUCUAACUAUGAAAGUCCAUCAAAUAAAUUUUCUGCAGAAUUUAUGGUUAUUUUCUGAACAGGGAUAUCCUGUUUCCUGAUGGAAUUUUUGACUGCUGAAGCAGCUGCAACAAAAACUGGUUGAAGUUUGUUUUGUUGCAGCUUAUAUUUUCCUUUGAAAAGUUAUAGUCUUAGGACUUAUUUAUAAUACCAGGAAAUAGUGCCUAGCCUUCCCCGGCCCAAAGGGAGGCAGUAGCCACAAAAAAGCUUAUUUAUUAUGCAUGGCAGUACCUUUUAGUUUCAUAUUAUUUUUUUAGACCUGAUGUGGAUCAGCAAUCACAGGCAUCCCAGGGUAAUCAUGCCCCAGCUAUGAUGACAUUUAAGCAGUUCUUAAAUGCUCAAGAUGACAACAUUGGUGACGAGGAAGCGUUCAACAAAUAUCAAGAAUACAAACUGGAGUUUAGAAAAACUCAAAUGAGUGAUUUUUUCCAGCAACACAAGGAAGAAGAGUGGUAUGUAGUUCAUGUAAAUCGAGCUAAGCAUGUGUCAAUGGAAUUUGCCAUAAUAUGAAAGGUAAAUAAAGGGGUUUAUUGCGGGCGACAAGAGGAGCCCGUUCGCCCGCAAUCCUAAUCUCCAGGUUGUUAUCAAGCAUGCCUUGCAUGUAUGUAGCCAGUAUUCGUUUGGACUUCAACUAAGAAUGAAUAGAAUGCACAGAAUUCGAUUUGAUCACUUGCGUUUGGAGCUUCUAUCACUCGAAAUCUUGACCAUCUAUCACAUGAAACUUGCUUGACGCACAGUGUUGAAGCAAAAGCAUUUGAACUUGGAUCAUUGUCGCCCACACUCCAUAACGUUUGGUUAAUACUUGGAAAAUAAGAAGGGACAUACAGUUAAUGUUUUGUAUCUUCUUCAAUUACUGUUUAUGAUGUAGAAUGUCUUAAGGGCCAAUUAGUUCUUGCAGACUGCAAUCACUCAAAAAGUCAAAGAACUUUAGCAGCAUUUUGUGCAACUAUUACCCGGUACAUAUACUUGGACGUGCUUCUAUCUGAAUGGGACAAGGGCCUAAUGACUAAGGGCACUGUAUCCAUCAGUUUUUUGUUUCUUUGCUUGUUUGUUUAAGGUUCUGGCAUUGACUCCAAUCUGGAAAUCAGUUUAUUUUGACCCUUGCCUACGACAUUCUGUCAUCUACAUAAUUGUCGCUAGUAUCUAAUUCCACUGGAGCCAUGUCUAAGAUAAAAAAUUGCUCUAUUUUUUUGCAAACUUUAUUAGCUUUGUUUUCACAUUUAGAUAAAAAGAACGGGCCUUCUUGUUUUUUUUUUUUACUCUUCACACAUUCAGAGCAUCACCAAUCUUUUUCUGAUGUAGUAGUGUUAAAUAAGGAUUAAAGUAAUGCUCAUUUUUAUGUUUAUUUUGCUAACUAGUUAAUGGCCCUUUCCUUUCGCAGCAAGCUGUGUUGUUGUUCUGUCAGGCACAUGCAUGAGAUAGCCAAAGCCAUAUCGAUCGGGACCUUUAUGCAUCGCACUUUAACAAAACCUCGAUUUCUUUUGCAUGAGGCAUAAUGCCUAGAACUCUUUAUGCUGCACAAAGCAGUUCAUUAGGCAGAUUGGUAGCAGGGAACAGGAGCCACGUUUAAACCCCACGGUAUAGAGUGAGGUUCAUAUUUUGUAUAAUUUGACCUCAGUCAGUCUUUCUACGUGAAUGCUAUAAAAAUAGCAAAUGUUUUAAUAAUGAGAGAGUGAAAAGGCAGUAGUGCAAAUGUAUCACAGUGGAGGCCAGGCAAGACAGCGAAGAUGGAUGAGUAAGUCCAUGCGGGUACUCGCACUAUUUGUAUUUUUUUAACCAUCUUUCUCAUCACUUUUCAAAAUGACAUGUUUGAUUUUGUCUUAUUUUUAAAGGUUUAGAACUAAAUACCACCCUAAGGAAUCAGCAGCUCGACAGAAGGAGUUAAAGAAGGCAAUGAAAAGGCGGCUUUCAGUCUUUUUAAACCUGUUGAAGUCAGGGAGAGCUGAUGCUAUAUCAUUGGAUAUUGAUAACUCUGAUGCUAUUGUGAAACUUCUGGAUGCUGGUAUUGUUUUUCCUUUCAAGUGAUAACAAAUUUAGGUCUCUAUAAGGUUUGAAGUAAAUUCAUAGUCUACUAGCAAGGCUUGCUAGUAUUAAAAAUUGUUUUGUUACUAGCAAAAGUCAAGAGCCUUGUGAAGAGUGUUAAGUUAUUCUCUGUGUUUAUACACGCAGUGGAGUGCAAGCAUGCAGCUAGCACACGCAUAGGUUUACAUAUAAUAUUUUAACAAAUAGACAGUGGCCGACAUGAAUGCUCUUUCUUUUUCUGGUACUGCUCAAUUUAUACAUCGUUGUUACGGCUCAAAUUUAUACUGGAGAAAUGCUUAAUGGCUUUGUUAGUCUUAGAGGAUAUUACUUUUACUGGUAACCUUCCCCAAACCACUCACAUUUUGCAUAAAUUUGAGCCCUGAAUUUCCCCUUAAAAGAGAUGCUUUUGAGAAUGGUGUGACCAGUCAGACUUUCCUCAGUACUCUGUUCCACUUUCCCUUUAGUCAUCUUUUAAAGUAAUUUAGACAUUUUCUUUGUAGUUGUUAUAAAGUUAGAAGGAGGCAGUGACAGUGAUCUGGCUGUACUGGAGUGUCCGCCCACUCCACCACCUGAACGAAGACGGUCAUCAUCUAAUCCUUUGAUGUCCCCAAAUGGUAAUGACCCUGCAGAACCUUUUGAGGAAAAGAAAGAUGGAACUGUUGAUGAAACAGCGCAAACCUCUCA